UACACGUAUACAUAGACUUAAAGAAUAAGGACUGUUUUAAAUACGAAGGCACAAUAGAAUAUAUUAAAAAUAAGAACGAUCCAAUUAAUCUUUUAUACAACAAUAACCAUUUCUCAGUUAUUGUAUUUAAAGACAAUGAAACCGGAAGAAAAUCUGAAUACUGUGGCAUAAUUAAGAAAGAUAAUCAAGAUAAAUCUAAAACAGUAAAUAUAAACCAGGUUAAAGUAAAUAAUAAAAUGCAAAAUAGAGAAUUAAACAUGACUAAGAUAGAGAAUUCAAAACAGAAAGAUAGGAGACCCAAAAAUAGAAAUGUUACCAAAUACACAAAAGAGAAGACAGAAGACAUAGUAUUUAAUUUAUCAAGUAAAACUUUAACCACAUCCCAAAAAGCAGUACUGAGUAAAGGACUUAAGUUUAUACCGACUAAAAGAUACAUCGAUAAAGAUAAACUGGCCACUGAAUUAAAGGAGUGGGAGAGACGCAUGAGAUUAGCAGAAUAUUUUUUCAAUGAAAAUAUCUCGGAUUCAGAGGGUAAUUAUGAGCAUGGGAUUAAGGUUAAUAGUACAAGCACAUGGACUCCUCCGGAUGGAAGAGAUAAAUGGUUAGAUAUGUAUAUUGAAGUAGUUAAACAAGAAAUAAUAGUAGGACUAAAGAAAAGAUGUAAACUUAAUUUAACCAAUAUUGAAGAACAAGCUAUGACUGAGUUGUUAAAUGAUGAUGAUAUAAUGAUAAAACCAGCAGAUAAAGGCUCAGGAAUAGUGAUAAUGAACACAGAUGACUAUAUGAAAUCUGUACAAUGUGAAUUAAAUAAUACAUAUACAUAUGAAGAAGUUAAAAGCAAUAAGAGCAAUAAAAUCGGUAAAAGAGGUUAAGGAAAUUGCGGAGAGACUAUACAAUAAAGGCAUUAUAUCAAAAGAAUUAAAAAAAUACAUGCAGCCACAUAAUGCAAGAACAGGCCUAGCAAGAGGAAAUCCUAAAAUGCACAAAGAAAAUCAUCCUAUGCGAAUGAUAGUCAGCACGAUUGCUAAUCCAACACACAUAAUAGCUGAAAUAGCAGAAAAACAACUGAGGUCGCACGUUGAGAAAUUACCAAGCUAUGUUAAGGAUACAACACAAUUUUUAAAAAGACUUGAGUCAAUAAAACACAACCUUCCAGAGAAUACAAUUUUAUUUUGCAUGGAUGUAAAAUCCUUGUACCCAAGUGUCCCUCGUAAAGAAACUUUAGAAGCUUGUCAAAAAGCACUAGAUAAUAGACUAGAUAAAUCAAUACCUACAGCAGAGGUACUGAACAUGAUCAACAUAGUUUUAGAAAACAGUUAUUUUACAUUUGUUGAUAAGAAUUACAAACAAAACGAUGGUACCGCAAUAGGAUCUAAAUUAGGAAUGCAUUUUGCCAGUACAUACAUGGGGAAAUGGGAAGAACAAUUACUUAGAAAAUCAGAAAGAGAACCUUUAGAAUACAUUCGGUUUGUAGAUGAUAUUUUUGGGGUUUGGACACAUGGAGAAGAAUCUCUUUUCCAGUUUCAUAAAAUGGCAAAUGAAAUACACAGUAAUAUUAAGGUGGACCUUCGAUGGACAAGGAAAGAAAUAGAAUUUUUAGAUACCAUAGUAAAACUUGAAGAAGGUUCAAUUGAGACUGACCUCUUCUGUAAACCUACUGACAUGCACCAGUAUUUACACAUGUCCUCUGCACAUACGAUACACACUAAAAGGGCAAUCCCAAAGGGUCUAGGAAUAAGAAUACGAAGAAUAUGCUCUAAAGAAAGUGACUAUGUAAAACAAAGAAAUGUAUUAAAAACAAAUCUUAAAAAAAGAGGAUACAAAGAAAGAAUUAUAGAGGCGGAGUUAAGAAAAGUGGAUAAACUAAAAAGAGAUGAUCUACUAGAUUAUAAAAAUAGAGAUAAAAAGGUCAAAAGAGUCCCAUUAAUAAUGACUUACUCUAAACUUUUGCCCAAUAUUUCUAAGAUAGUUUGGAAACACUUGCAGAUUCUACAUAAUUCAGAAAAAUUAAAAAAAGUAUUUCUUAAGGCCCCAGUUGUAGCAUUCAAAAGAGAAGCUAAUUUAGGUGAUAUUUUAGUUCACAGUAAACAUAAAAGAAUAAUUGACAAAAUAGGUUCUACGAACAUGUGCACCAGUAGAUGUAAAGUGUGUAAAUACACGGACAAAAGUAAAAAUAUAAUUAAACAUAAGAACACCACAUAUCCACUAAAAACUAAUACCUACUGUAAAAAUAGCAAUGUAGUUUAUGGAAUAGCCUGUGAAAAAUGUGAUGAAAUCAAAUAUGUUGGAGAGACUGGAACUACUUUAUAUAAAAUAAUUCAGAACCACCUUUCAUUAAUUAGAAAUAAAAAAAUGAAUGAACCAAUAGUACAGCACUUCACCAGUCAGGGACAUGACAUAAAUGAUGUAAAGUUUGUAGUAUUAGAACAGCUCAAAUUAGACAAUGCGACAUAUAGAAGAAUAAAAGAAAGUAAAUGGAUAAAUAGACUGAGCACGAUUAUGCCAGCGGGACUCAACAGAAAAGAAUGAACUAAUUAACUUCAAUAAAUAUAUAACAUUUAAAUAAAUAAACAAAAUUCAUUCAAAAGUUGUGCAUGCUGAUGCACUGGGGAGGCCAAAUCUAGACUGAUCCUCAGAGCCAGCAUUGCAUGAUAUAAUAAAAAUAUAAGUUUAUAUAAAGUAGUGUUAAUUAGAAUUAAUACAGAUUCAAAGAUAGAAGUAAAAAUGAUGUCACAAAAUAUAGAACACCAUUACAUCAUGUAAGAAUAAAUCAUGGAUUUGAAUGUAAACAAUAACAAGUAGUUGUCAUGCCGUCAAAAACCUAUAAAUACCUCCAAUGUUUUGAUUCAAACACAGGCUCCCUUGAGAAAGAUAUGUACAUCAUAUCGAAAUGUUGGGCAGCUGGCUCUUUGAGCUAAUAUAUAAUAUAUAGCAUUACACUCGCUCGCCAUGUCAAUGAAAGUCCAGACGCUGUGGAGCUCUUUAACACGGACACAUCUUUCUGCAGUUGCAACUGUAACAGGUAAUGUGGCCAAAAGCACCAGUAUGUCGAAUACAUCAGGAUACAGAAGUCCCAGGUUGUGUUCUUUACAGACCUUCAUGAGGGGGCUCCCGAGUGGCGCAUCCAGUAAAGGCGCUCCUCGCAGGAUGUGCCCUAUAGCCUGGAGAUCGCAGGUUCGAAUCCAGGCUAUGUCACAGCUGACCGUGACCGAGAGUUCCUAGGGGGCGGCGCACAAUUGGCUGAGCGCUGCCCGGGUAGGGAGGGCUUAGGUCAGCAGGGGAAUCCACGGCUCACCGUGCAUCAGCGACCCCUGUGGCCGAUAGGGCGCCUGUGGCUCUGCAGCGGAGCCGCCAGAUCUGUGUUGUCCUCCGGCACUAUAGGUCUGGUGGCAUUGCUGUGGAUCUGCAGUGCGAAAAAUGACGGCUUGGAAGGAGCACGUUUCGGAGGACGCGUGUUCCAGCCUCCGUUUCCCGAGUCGGCGGGGGGGUUGCGAGCGGUGAGCCGGGGAUACAGAUAAUAAUUGGGCAUGCUAAAUUGGGGUGAAAACCGGGGUAAAAAUAAUUGGCGACGACUAAAAUUUAAAAAAAAAAAAAAAAAAAAAAAAAAAACAGACCUUCAUGAGGUCUGGCAAAGACAUUGCAUUGUCCGAUUCCCGAGCGUUAAAAUAGACUCAGACUCAGUGUGGUGUACAAAUAAAUCGUAUAGCAUUUCAGGAACUCUGCAUUGAAACUCUUGAGGUAUGACACCAGGGUUGCCAGACAUGCCUCUCAAAAUCCCCCCUACUGCUGUAGGCAUGAUAUACAUCUCAAAAUUUAAAGUUAGCACAGAGUAGGGAAUUUUCUCUAGCUGAUUUGGAUUAACUAGAAGUUUCAACACUGACCGGUAGUAUAGCAUGAGAUCAUGAAAAAGCUUGGAGGGGCUUCCUGUCUCCAACUGAAAUAAUUGGUUAAUUCUGUUCAGCUCACCAAGGGUAUUUAAGAAAGAUGAGAUACAGUUUACUGUAUGGUCUGUCAUCAUUUCACAGUGGAGAUUUCACUUUUUCUGUGUCCUUUGACAUGCCAGAAUGUAACCUGAGAGCAUCCCAUUGAUCCAACACAUUGGAAAUGCUUCCUCCUCUACUGAGCCACCUGGGUGCUGCUGGUUGAGUCAUCCUUCUGGGGUCAACACCUUCAAGAGUGUUAUACAAUUCCUUGUAUAACUGUCUUCACUUUGCACUGUGAACUCAUUCACUGCAAUAUUUUGCAGUGGCGACCUCAGAAGGGACUGAGGUACCAGAGUAUGUAGCUGUGAAUAUGGUGGAUGAUGUGCAAUACUCGUACUAUGACAGCACCAUGAAAACACCUAUCCUCCUGUUUGACUGGCUCAAUAAGACUGGGGGUCGUGAGUUCUGGGCCAGACGUACUCGGUAUAUUCUUUAUGGUCAUGAUGCCAUAAAGUGGAGUUUGAGAAAUACAGUUCAGCACUUUAACCAUACUGGGGUUCACUCCUACCAGGACAUGGGUGGCUGUGAGCUGCAUGAUGACGGGACACGGCGGGCAUAUUCGGCUCACGCGUAUGAUGGGAAGGAUUUUAUUAGUCUUGAUGUAGAGACCAUGACCUGGACUGCUGCUAUGCCGCAGGCUGUCUUUUAUAAACACAAGCGGGAAGCUGACACAGCCUUCCAACAGACCGAUGUGGGCUUUUAUCAAAAGGAGUGUUUCCAGUCACUGAAGUGGUACAUCCAGUAUGGGAUGGAGACCCUGCUGAGGAAAGUUCGCCCUGAAGUGAUGCUGAUACAGAGGAAAGCUCGUAAAUCUGCAGGAACAGACGUCAUUUGCCACGUGACAGGGUUCUACCCCCGAGAGGUUGAGGUGAACUGGGUCAGAGACGGAGAACAUCUGCAGGAGGAGGGGGUGUGGAGUGGAGAGGUGCUACCCAACGGGGACGGAACCUACCAGCUGAGAAAGAUCCUGACAGUGAGUCCUGAGGAGCAGAAGAAACACAGCUACUCCUGCCAGGUGGCCCACGCCAGUCUGGAUGAGAAGAUGGAUGUGAAAUGGGUUCCAGAGGCUGGUAUGAACAUGCGGUUUGUUGUUGGUGGUGUGCUGGCUGCUCUGGUUCUGAUCGCAGUGAUCACAGGAGUUCUCAUCUGGAAGAAAAGAGCAUCAGGCACAAAGAGGCCUGACUACACACCAGCGCAGACAAAGGAACAAAGUGAUGCAUCACCCAACUCCAUCAACAAUGACUGAGGUGUGACUCCAUUGCCGAGAUGCAUAAAAGAAUAAACCACUCAACUGAGGCUUCAUCUUUUAUACUUCAUGAUACCUCUAGUAGUCUUUUGAGUAGUUACUAUUGGCCAUGUUUGAUUUUGCACUAUGCAUCCUUCUUAGUUAUGUAAUUACGGCAUUAAACUGCACCAUACUUCGUAUAUGAGGGUGAACUUUCUGAAAAAACAUUCUUUACAUAGCUUUUUGAGUAGCACCUUCAAAUGUCAUCAAAAACAUCGUGUGGCAUAAAUCUUUAUCGUAUCUUUGUAACAAUCUACCUUUGACCCAAAAGGCCAACAAAACAUUCCCAGAAUAAGAAUAGGUUACUACCAAAUACUCCUUAAAAAUGACAUAAAAAGUAGAUGGCAGAAAGGCAGAUACACAGCAAAAAUAGGAUUGCUAGGUUCAUUUGGGUGCAAAAACAUUUAAUUCCAAAACAUUUGUCCAACACACACAAAUUCGAUGACCCACAAUACCUCAGGUAGUUGAUGACCCAUGUACAUAAAACCAAGCUGAAACAGAAAUAGGACGGUGGUAAAUCCACCGGUAAGCCUACAGAGGCAAUAAAUAAGUAGAAAUGUCCCAAAAUAAUAGUCCAGUAUCAUAAACAAACAAAAAAUAGAAAAAAACAAAAAAAUCAAAAGCAAGUUUGUAAUCCACCAACAAAAAUAAAGUAAAAGGAAAUGAAACAAACAUCCGCCGUACAAAAAUAAUAAUAAAUCGGUUCGGUCUCAGCGGUUUGUGUGGUUGUGCAUGAGCGCUCCAGAAAGACGUCACAAAGUCCAAAAAACACAGCUGUAAUCCAAAAUCCAAGGGUAUGUCUUGUCUUGUUUUCCUCCAGGAAAUAGCAAUGAGAAAAAAAUAAGUGCCAGCAACGUUUGCUAAACAAAGAACAUUGACUAAAACUGAAAAAACUAAAGCUAGAUAAACAGAGUCUACAUCUAACUUUAUACAGUUUUGCAUUAACACAUCUAAGUUUCGAAAACCUGGACACAUGAAAUACCCGACGGCAAACCUUCAGCAGCAAACUAAGCAGAGUACAAACUUCCAGCAGGAAAAGGUGCCAUCCCAUAGUGCAUUAGUGCAGGGUUUAUAAAGGUCAAGGUCCUCCAACAUAUUUAAAGGGGUAACGUUUCCUAAAACCCACUCUUAAAAGGGUAACAGUAAGCAUACAUUGAAGUAUCAUAUAUUCUGACUUUAAACACAUUUUGAAUACCGGGCCAGGCUAAAAAGUGGUGCGCUUAAAUGGAUAAUAUUUACUUUUGUGUGACAGGCGUCACAUCUUUAUUGUACAUAAAGAAUUACAAGAUGGAUUAAAUCUUGAAACUGAUCAAACUGGUACAAAUUUAUCUCUAAAGCAAAUCUUUAUUUAUUAAACAUGCUUUACAAGAUGCGGAGUAUAGAAUUUGCUUAAGCCUGUGGAAAGCAACUUUCCUGAAGAGAUAUUUGUUCUUGACGAUAUGACUGUGUGGAAUGUUUUUAACUAUUUAGAGCCUUAUUCUCAAUGUUUUACACCAGUCUAACAUGUAUUCCAAUAGUAUGGUGAAGGUGAAAAAUCUGAAAAUUUCUACAAAAGUAUAUUACUAGGCAUUAGUUAGGGGUAUAGGGGUUAGUUAGGCACCUCUAAAAUCGCCACGUUACAUUCAUGUAAUGGUUAAAGGACACAUAGAUAAGAAUAGACAUUUGGCAUUUUUGCUUUGUGUGUUUGUUUCCUUGUGUGUUUUGCAAUAUUUCUUAUAGUAAGUGGUUGUUUGACAGACAUUAACAUUGGCGGUAGUACAUUCUAAACUGCAUCCUUCUCUCAUAGACUGAUCAGGAAGAAAUCCAAAAUGCCAGACCAUUAAAAUACAAAAUCCAUAAAAUAGGGUAAAAUAAAAUCAGUAAUAUAUAAAACCAUUAAAAUGUAUAUUAAGCACA